UCCAAAUCCAUUUUAUAUAUAAAAGAGUUAGACAAUCUAUUGCAUCAUUAUACACUGCAAACUCAACCAAAAAAAUAUCAGCAAUAGAAUAGGGCAGGGUUCUGGUAUGUCCAACUCCGAACACAUAGAGCCAGAUACAACCGGCAGCGGGGAAGACCGGUCCAACUCCCGCCUAGCCAACACGCGCUGCACCUUCUGCUUCCCCUGCUGCUUCGGUUCCCGUCACUCCGUGGACUUCGCAUGGUGGGAGCGCGUGCAGGCGCAACCGCCCACCGAAAGCCCCGGUGGCCGGUUAUGGUCGCGCGGAGUGAUGGCCUUCAUGAAAGUGCGGGAGUGGUCGGAGCUGGCGGCGGGGCCGCGGUGGAAGACUUUCAUACGGCGGUUCAACCGGAGCAGAAGCGGCAGCAAUCGCCAUGCACCGGGGAAGUACCAGUACGACCCCUUGAGUUACGCCUUGAACUUCGACGAGGGGCAUAACGGGGAAUUUGACGAUGACAGUUUUAGCCCGUUACGGAAUUUCUCCACUCGUUACGCCACGCCACCUCCUUUCAAGUCCGUUUCCGCAGAUUCCAAUCAGGACGUCGUCGUUUCGGGCUAAGACCCAUUUCGACUUUGGAAAUUUUGCUUCCAUGAGUACCACUACCAAGUGCAGUUAUUAUUAUUAUUAUUUUUUUUUUUUUUUUAAUAUCAAUAGACAUAAUAAGAUUUUGAUUUUUUUUUUCUUCUUAUUGUACAUUCCUUCACCUUUAUAUUUCUUUUCAGACGUGUCUUAAAGCAUAAUUCUAGGUAUAUACUUAUUCUUUUUUAUUUUUUAGUGAUGUUAUGAUCUGUAUAUGAAAACUCGUCGUUAUCCUUUUCUAGGUGUUAUCUAUAAAUAUCAUACUUGAUUUUAAUGGU